AUGGAAACCAUGGAUGAAUUCAAUGAAAAUGAAGAGGACAGAAAUGCCGCUAAACAACACAACGAAAACGAAAUAAAAAAUCUUGAACUUUCCAAGGCGAGAUACGAGAACAAGAAUACAAAGUUGGAAGCAGAAAGUACAGACAUACUGAAUAAAAAUGAUCAACUAUUCGAUCAAAUUGACAAGCAAAUUAAACAAUGGAAAGAAUUUGAAAAAGAACAAGCAGAAUUAUACAAGAAUCAAUUGGAACAGCGCGAAAGACACAUGGACACAAUUGCUUCCGAAGUGAAGAUUGUUGACGAGAUCGAAGUAGAAGCCAUUCAUUUUGAACGUGAAUUGACCAGUUAUAAUGAGCAUAAGAGCGAACUUGAAAGAGAACAAAAGGUUUUACAACAAGAACUGGAUGAGAUCAAACAGAAAGAUCAAGAAAAUGCUAGUCGACAAAAUUAUCUUCAGAUGUCAUUGAGAACACUACGACAAGAAAUCGGCCGUAUUCAAAGAGAAUUACAAGAAAAUCAGGUGUUACUCGAUAAUGAGAAAGAGACGCGACAAAAUUUAGAAAAAAAUGUGGAAGAAUUGCGUCGAGCAUAUGAAAAGGCUGAAGAAGAUAUCAAAACAGUGGAGCGUGAAAUUGAAGUUUAUGAACAAGAAGCACGUAAACUUGAAUUAGAACGAAAGAAUCUGGAGAAGGAAGUAGAGCAGAUGACAACAGCAAUUAACAGACUAGCCAAGAUGCUCGAACAUAAGAAAGGCGAAUUGGUUCAAAUGCAAACGCAAAUAGAUACAUCCAGAGAGAUGAUGGAACAAUUGAAGGGUGAAGUGGAAAGGUUACAAACGCAACUUCAAACACACAACGAGAAACUAUUAAAAGCAACUCAGGGGUUGCAACAAGCUGAAGCACAAUUGAAAGUAUUGGAUGAUCAACGAAAAGCUCUUCAAGACGAACAACGUAGACUUGAGAAAACUUCUCAAGAUCUUGAUGAUAUCCUUGUUGACAAAGGCAAUCAAAUGAAACGACUUCAACAAAAAUUAGAUGCUGUCACGGAAAUAUACAAUCGUUCUCAAACUCUUGUUCAACAACUGACAGUUAAACAAACGGAAUUAACUGAAGAAGUCGAGACAUUGAAGAAUGAAGAGGAUAGGUUAACAAAACAAGUAGAAACAUUGACUACUGAAGCACAAAUAUUGUCGAAUCAGAAGGAUGACGCCAUUCAAGAUCAGAGAACUACCGAAGCGACUAAUCAAGAAGCUCAACGAAAUUUGAACCAACUUAAGCAACAAGAGCGUGAGCACAAUAGCGAAUAUGCAAGGGAGAAGAAUAACGAAGAACGCGCCAGACUUCAAUUAGAAGAAGCCGAGCAGGAACAAACUAGUGCUGAAAAUGAAGUAAUUGCUGCUCAAGCUGAAGUCAAUUCAUUUAAGUCUCAUAGUUUGGCAUGGAAAAUCCUAGGUAUACUUCCUAUGCUAUCCAAUUUAGCCUCAAACAGGAAACAAGAACAAAGUCGAGCCGACGCAGCACUUCAAAGAGCGAAGGAUAAGGUUGAUACAAAAAAAUCCAAAGUUUCAGAACUAAAGGAUAAACUCAAAGGUAUCGAAUUUCGCAAAGAGGACUGUAAGAGAAGAUAUGAAGCAACGAAAGAAGCUCUUCGAAAGCAAGAAACAAGUACCAACACAGCAAAAAUGGCUGUGAAUGAAUCUAUCAGCGAAGUAAGACGACUAACCGAACAGCAUCGAGAAGCCGUUCGACGGCAAAAACAGUGCGAAUCAAAUCUACGUAUGGCAAAUACUAAACUGCAACGAACUGAGGCACAACGAAGUACAACCAUCAGCGAACUGGAACGUCGACAAGAAGAUUCGAAUUCACACAAAACUCAAAUGGAAGAUGUGACGGCAAGCAUAGAAAACGUGAAUACAGAGAUCAGCAGACACAGACGAGACAUAGAACAACAUGAAAAAGUGCGGAAUUCUAAUCUCGAUGCUCUCUCAACGAAGGAACGUGAACAUCAGGCACAAUCAAAAGUGAUACAAAAACUUAAAGAUGACAACAAAAUUCUAACAGACGUUAUUGGCAAUGUGAGCAACAAAAUCAAAGCCAAUGAACGUGAAAUGGCUCAUGAACAGACACUUUAUAAUGCGAAAAAAAGUACUAUCGAAGAAUUAAACAAUGAUAUAAAGAAGAGACAAGAUACACUUACCAACAUUCAAAGUAAUCUGGGAAGAAAAACUACUGAACUUAGCGACAAGCAAAAGCAGAUCAAAGGCAAUACUGGUCGAAAGAGAGCCUUGGAGAAAGACGUAGAGAAUAUCAAAACAGAAAAAGGAAAAAAGGACAUCGAACUUCGAGAUGCACGCUCUCGCGUUCUCGAACAAGAAAACAAAGUGAAACGUCUCGAUCAACAAUUGAAAUUAUUAAAUGGCCGUGACCAACAACUCUCCAAUCAAGCUACAAUUGCGGAGAAUAAACUAGAACUAAAUAGAAGUGAAAUUAUAAAGAGUACGAUGAAAGUUACUGAAAUGAAUAGGAGUAUAAGCGAUAAACGUACACGACAAACAAACGGACAAAGAAUAAUUGAUGCAUCAAACACGAUACUUAAAGCUCUUGAUGAUCAAAUGGUCGAAGCCAAUGAAAAAAUUCGCCAGCGUGAAUUUGAAUACGAGAAAUUGACUGACCAAUUAGCACUAAUGAAUACGACGCUCAAUGCGAACGAGCAAGAGAAAAUGGAAUGUCAUAAAAAACUCAAAGAACUUGAUAAUGAAAUUACGUCAUUCAAAGUACGUCAUUAUCAACAGCAAGAAGAAUAUCAUAAAGAAUCGAACAAAAUUAUACUCAGACAUCCUGAAGUAGUACGAAUUCAAAAUCAAGAAGCUCAAAGAAAUAUACAUUUACAAAAACAAAAUAAGAACUAA